GGCACGGCCCGGCACGGCCCGGCACGGCCCGGCACGGCACGGCACGGCACGGCACGGCACGGCACGGCACGGCACGGCCCGCCGCGCAGCGACCAGGUGCAAUGCUGACCCGGCCUCCACGUGUCCCGGCCCCGCGUGGCGCUGAGCGCCAUCGAUAACCCCGUGCUGGUGGCAGCAUGGGGCUGUUGUGCCGCACGCGCCUCUUGCUCGCCCUCGCCCUGGCCCCGCUGCUUGCCGACGCCUGGCAGUGCCCCCGCAUCCCCUACAGCUCCACCAGGAACUUCUCCGUCCCCUACACGCUGCCCAGCUUCGAUGCUGGCGGCCCCGUGCAGAACGUCGCUGUCUUCGCCGACCCGGCCACCGUUUUCGUGGCCGUCCGCAACCGCAUCUUGGUGGCCGGCCCCGAGCUGCGUCUCCGCUCCGUCCUCGUCACCGGCCCCACAGGCAGCGCUGAGUGCGAGAUCUGCCGCCUGUGCCCAGCCACCGCGGGCAGCCCUGGCCCCGAGGACGUGGACAACAUCCUGCUGCUGCUGGACCCGCAGGAGCCGUGGCUGUACAGCUGCGGCACGGCACGGCACGGGCUCUGCUACCAGCACCAGCUGGAGGUGCGUGGCAGCGAGGUCACCAUCGUGGCCACCCACUGCCUGUACUCUGCCACAGGCAACAGCCCUGCGUCUUGCCCCGACUGCGUGGCCAGCCCCUUGGGGACCAGCGGCACCGUGGUGGCCGACCCCUACUCUUCCUUCUUCUACCUCGGCUCCACCGUCAACAGCAGCGUGGCGGCGCGCUACAGCCCGCAGUCGGUGUCGGUCCGCAGGCUGAAGGGCACGCUGGACGGCUUCGCGGACACCUUCCAGUGGCUGACGGUGCUGCCGCCCUACCAGGACGCCUACCCCAUCCACUACGUGCACUCCUUCACUGACGGCGAGCACGUCUACUUCCUGAUGGUGCAGCCCGAGUGUCCCGGCUCGGCGUCGUACCACACGCGCCUGGCGCGGCUCAGCACCAGCGAGCACGACCUGCGCCGCUACCGCGAGCUGGUCCUCGACUGCCGCUUUGAGUCCAAGCGGCGCCGGCGCAGUGCUGAGGAGGACACCGAGCGCGACGUGGCCUACAACGUGCUGCAGGCCGCCCACGCCACCCGCCCCGGUGAGCGCCUGGCCCGUGACCUCGGCAUCGACAGCUCCGAGAUGGUUUUGUUCGGCGCCUUCGCUGAGAGCCAGCCGGAGAGCCCGGCGCCACAGGACAACUCGGCCGUCUGCGCCUUCCCCCUGCGCCUGCUCAACCAGGCCAUCGAGGAGGGGAUGGACAAGUGCUGCGGCACCGGUGUGCAGACGCUGAGGCGGGGGCUCGGCUUCUUCCAGCCGCAGGAGUACUGUCCGCACAACGUGAACCUCUCGGCACCGGUGACUGACACCAGCUGCUGGGACCAGCCCACCCUUGUCCCUGCCACCUCCCACAAGGUGGACUUGUUCAACGGGCGCCUGGCCGGCAUCCUCCUCACCUCCAUCUUCGUCUCCGUCCUCGAGAACGUCACCAUGGCCCACCUGGGCACGGCGCAGGGACGCAUCCUGCAGAUGGUGCUGCAGCGCUCCAGCUCCUACGUCGUCGCCUUGGCCAACUUCUCGCUGGAGGAGCCGGCGCCGCUGCGGCACGUGGUGAGGCUGCAGGAGGACUCGCUGCUCUUCGCCGCUGCUACCAAGGUGUGGCGCGUGAAUGUCACCGGCCCGGGCUGCCGCCACUUCUUGACGUGUGACCGCUGCCUGCGUGCCGAGCGCUUCAUGGGCUGUGGCUGGUGUGGGGACGGGUGCGCACGGAGCCACGAGUGCAACGGCACCUGGGUCCGGGACAGCUGCCCGCCCAUCCUCACCGAUUUCCACCCCAGGAGCGCACCGCUGCGGGGCCGGACGAGGGUGACGCUCUGCGGCACGACCUUCCGCUCCCUGCCGGACCCCGCUGCCCACCGCCGCCCCCUCAGCUCCUACCGGGUGGCAGUGGGAGGGCGAAGCUGCGCCGUGCUGCUGAACGAGAGCUGGGGCUACAGGCCGCUGCCCGCCUCCCGCCUCAAGGACUUCGUGGACAUGCUGGUGUGUGCCCUGGAGCCUGGGGGGCCGGCGGUGGUGGGGCCGGCCGACGUGGUGCUCAGCGUGAUGGAGCCCCCCAGGGCCUCAGGCUUCAGUGUCCAGGGCUCUGCCACCCUCGGCGGCUUCAUCUUCGUGGAGCCCCAGGUCAGCACCCUGCACCCCAGCUUCGGUCCCCAGGGCGGUGGCACCCUCCUGUCCCUCUGUGGCACCCACCUCUUGGCGGGGAGCAGCUGGGAAGUGACGGUCAACGGCUCCAAGUGUCCUCUGGCUGUGCAGCCCAGCCCCCGGCACUAUGUCCCCAGCCAGGGCAACGGGGAGAUUCAAUGCACGGCUCCUGCUGCCGCCCACCUGGGCGCAGCCUCUGUAGCCCUGUGGAUUGAUGGGGAGGAGUUCCCAGCCCCGCUGCCCUUCCAGUACCGCCCCGACCCCUCCGUCUGGGGCAUCAUCCCCAACUGCAGCUACAGGGGCUCAAUGCUCACCCUCAUCGGCUCCCACCUGGACUCGAUGUAUCGCACCAAGAUCCUCUUUGAGGCUGGUGGCGUGAAGACCGAAACCACGGAGUGCGAGGGCCCGCAGCUGCCCGAGCGGCUGCUGUGCCGCAGCCCAGCUUUCCCCUUCGAGACCCAGCCGGAGACGGUGCUUGGGAACCUGAGCGUGCUGCUGGACGGCGCUGCUGGACGCCGGCUCUUCCGCCUGCGCUACUUCACCCCGCCCCACAUCUUCCCCUUCGGGCAGCAGGGCGAGCAGCGGCAGUACCAACUCAAACCCGGUGAUGAUGAGGUCGAGGUGAAUCAAAGGGGGCUGGACGCCGUGGCCGGCUGCAUGAACAUCACCAUGACAGUGGGGGGCCAGGACUGCCACCCCAACGUGCUGAAGAACAAGGUGAUGUGCCACGUGCCCCACAACCUACGCCUGACCGCGGACGGGGCCCGUGUGCAGAUCUGCGUGAAUGGUGACUGCCAGGAGCUGGGCCAGGUGCUGGCCACCUCCUCGCUGGACCUGGCCGCCAGCCUGGCCCUGGGCACCGGUGUCACCUUCCUGGUCUGCUGCAUCCUGGCUGCUGUGCUGCUCCGCUGGCACUGGAGGAAGAGGAGGGGGACGGAGAACCUGGAGCUGCUGGUGCACCCCAGCCGGAGUGAUGCCCCUGCCACCACCCAGCACUUCGGUGUUGACUACCGGGACGUGUGGGCACUGCCCGCUGCAGGCAGCCCCGUCCUGGCCAGGCCCCGUGCGCAUGUUGCCACUGCUGCGGGCGGUGGCUCCCCGGUGCCCCUGCUCAGGUCCACGUCCUGCUGCCUGGAGGACCUGCGGCCGGAGCUGCUGGAGGAGGUGAAGGACAUCCUCAUCCCCGAGGAGCGGCUCGUCACCCACCGCCACCGGGUCAUCGGCAAAGGGCACUUCGGGAGCGUGUACCACGGCACCUACACGGACCCGCUGCUGGGUGCCCUGCACUGCGCCAUCAAGUCCCUGCACCGUAUCACGGACGUGGAGGAGGUGGAGGAGUUCCUGCGCGAGGGCAUCCUGAUGAAGAGCUUCCACCACCCGCACGUGCUCUCGCUGCUGGGUGUCUGCCUGCCCCGCCACGGGCUGCCCCUCGUCGUCCUGCCCUACAUGCGCCACGGGGACCUGCGGCACUUCAUCCGCACCCAGGAGCGGAGCCCCACGGUGAAGGAUCUCAUCAGCUUCGGGCUCCAGGUGGCCUUGGGCAUGGAGUACCUGGCCCAGAAAAAGUUUGUGCACCGGGACCUGGCGGCCAGGAACUGCAUGCUGGAUGAGACGCUGACGGUGAAGGUGGCUGACUUCGGGCUGGCGCGGGACGUGUUCGGCAAGGAGUACUACAGCAUCCAGCAGCACCGGCACGCCAAGUUGCCCGUCAAGUGGAUGGCGCUGGAGAGCCUGCAGACCCAAAAAUUCACCACCAAGUCGGACGUGUGGUCCUUCGGGGUGCUCAUGUGGGAGCUGCUGACGCGGGGCGCGUCGCCGUACGCCGAGGUGGACCCCUACGACAUGGCCCGCUACCUGCUGCAGGGGAGGCGCCUGCCGCAGCCCCAGCCCUGCCCCGACGCACUGUACGGGGUGAUGCUGAGCUGCUGGGCGCCCGCACCCGAGGAGAGGCCGUCCUUCUCAGGGCUGGUGGGCGAGCUGGAACGCGUGCUGGCCUCGCUGGAGGGCGAGCGCUACGUCAACCUGGCCGUCACCUACGUCAACCUGGAGAGCGGCCCCCUUUACCCCCCCACCCCCUGGGGCCAGCUGCCUGACAGCGAGGAUGAGGAGGGUGCUGAAGAUGAGGACAAGGACGUGGCCGUGUGCUGAUGGACGCUCCGCUCGGUGGGGUCUCCUGGGUCCCUGCACCCCGUAGGAGCACGCCCCCAGGGAGGGACGUGGGGCGCAGCUGGGUGCCGUGCGGCACCCUGCCCGCGGGGUGGGUGCUGGGGCACUGGGUGCUGCUCUCCUGUGCCUCGACGGGACCCCCGUGGUGUCCCUCAGCCCCAGUCCGGUGCCAUCUCGGUGCUGCGGGCCCUGUGCUCAGCACCAGCGAGUGCUAUGAGGGCAGCCUGAGCCAAUGAGGUGUCCCAAGGGGUUUUGGUCCCCCCCCCCGGAGAAAUUCAGCGUUUUCUGGUUGAAUGACUGAUAAAAAAAAUGAAUUUUAUUUUUCCCUGGUGA